AAACAUCCUUCUGAUUCAGUAGCUUUCCGUUUUUCCCCAAUCACAGUCUAGCGUUCUAUAGUUGCUUGAGCGCCUAUCGCUAAAUCCCUUCCUUUUCUGAUUUUUAAGUUCUUUUCUGGCAGGUGUUUAUCAAAUGUUGAAAUCAUUCGCCUAAACUAGUGAGUUCGUAGAUCAGAAAAACAAUCGUGAUGCUUCAAAAAUGGUUGGCCAUAGUGGAGAAUUGCUGAUGAGACCACAACUUUCACCGCAUCAGAUGCCGCAAUCCGCACAGUCUGAUUAUCCCGUUUUCAUCCCACCGCGGAAACGCCAAGCUGCCAAGAAAACCGCUCAAGGCAAUCAUGUAGAUCAUAUUGUAAAUUUACAGGGAAAUAAAAAAGACUGGGAUUUGCAGAGAGAGCGGGACAACGUCAGCAGGACCAAACGCUGGAACAGCGAGGAGAUCAUUGAAAUCGGCAAUGGAAACUGCCAGGGCGAGCAUCUGGACGAAGACGAUGACCUGAACGAGCUGCAGCAGUUCCAUCCUUUGAAGGAAAGUUCAACGGUUACGCCGAGUAGCAUUUCGGAGAGCAGCCUGGACCGGAAGUCCAGCAAAUCGCACGAAUUACUGACCGGAAGUGGUAAACGAUCCAAGAAACGCGUCAACAUACGCACCGAUGUCGACGAAAUCAGUAGCCGGCAGUCACCGUCGGCAAUCUGUAACUAUGAAGAUCUGGAAUCGGGAGAAACCAGCGUGCUGAAUGCCGAAAUCGACCAGUACAGCUUGGAUAGGUAUAAUAGCAGGAGAUCCAUGUCGCCGGAUAACUACUUGACACUUACAGGAACCAUAAAGCGUGGCCGCAAGAAAGGACAAUCGAUGGACAUCCAAUUGAACAUCUCGCGAGAGGAAUUGGAGCAAAUAAAUAAACAGGCUCUGGCGGUCCAUGAAGAAGCGAUUCGCGUAAAGCAGAACUGUUGCUGCCAGUGCACAUUGCGAGCUGGGGUUCACAUUCUAUUGCUGUCUUUAUUUUGCCUUCCAUUUGUCACGCUAACCACCAGCAUCUACUCGUUCUACAUAGGCACGGUCACAUGGUACAACAUGUUUACCUAUUUCAACGAGGAGAAGUCUUACUUUCACAAGUUACUCAUGUCCCCAUUACUGGUUCUCGCUUAUCCACUGGUUAUUGUAUUUUGUACACUGGGACUCGGCAUCUAUGCCGGAAUCAAGCAAGUUAGUCUACAUUUCACGUCCUGGAUCAACGAAAUAUCGGAUAUCGAGAAAGGAUUCUAUGGCUGGCUUUGCUCGUUCCUGCAUCUCUCAGACUGUAGUCCAUACGAAGUGGUCAUAUUGACCGAUAUUUAUCCAGUUGCCGAAACACCGGCCGGUGCAGAUCGGCCAUUGCAGAGCGAAUCCACGCAGAUAAACUCUUCAACUGAGGAGUUAUCACUAUAGACUGCAUAUUGUAAACAAAAACUUCCAAUCGGGCGGCAAUUUUGUGUUAUAGUGAAAUUCGAUCAAAUAACUAAAUGCCAGUAUCCCUCACACGAGUAAACCGAAUAGCCAUCUUAGGUGACACGAGGGACCAUUGCACGUUCUUAAAGUAAUCUUAGGUUAGAGAAUUUUGUUUAAAUUUAGCUAUCGAUCAUAACUUAUAUUGGAUUAGGUUUUUUGAGAGCACGAUCAGUUUAGAUAAACAGUUUAAACAUAUUUUUUUUCUACAACUUUAACCGGAGACUUUCUACAAGUAAUUAAGACUUGAUAAAGGAAUCAAUAGACUAUUUCGAUGUUUAUCCAAUAAUCUACUCAAAUAUAUCCGGAAUCAAAGUAAGGUGCUCUCAACCUAACGUUAAAAAUUCAAUAAUAUUAAACAAUAAUCCCAAAAAUACAUGUAAAUAUUCAGCUGGUUAAGCUUAAUAAACGAUACAACUGCUGAAAAGCUACCCUUAAAA